CUCCGAUCAGACGCAUCAAUUGGCGGAACCGUGUUCGUUGUUCAGGCAGUCCGACUCGCUGCACUCGUUACUUUCGCUUUUUUUUUUUUUUUUUUUGCCGGAGCGUCAUUUUCCGCUUAGGCACUCAAAAAAGUAAAAAAUAGUUUGGAGAGAAUUAAUCAGAUUUGACUGAACUGACAGCAGGUGUGAAUUCAUGUCUGUAUUUGCACCGCAGAUAUACUGCCCAGUGUUUGUGCCCGUCCCAGAUAUGACUGAGGUGAUGUUGAGCAACACCCCCAUAGAGGAUAUGAGGCUCAGCCCAAGCAAGGACAGACUCUCCUUCCAGAUAUUUCCGGACCCCUCAGAUUUCGACCGCUGCUGUAAGCUUAAAGAUCGCCUCCCGUCCAUCGUGGUUGAGCCGACGGAAGGAGAAGUGGAGAGCGGAGAGCUUCGCUGGCCUCCAGAGGAGUUUCUUGUCAGCGAGGAGGAAGAAGAGGAUGAAGAGGAGCAAAACGAUUGCAGCAUGCAAAAUGGACAGCCAGCACAGAAUUCCCAGCACUAGAGGCUGGGUGGUUCAGCACCAUGUUCACUUUGCUCUUUGGUUCUGAGGGACAGUAUUUUUCACACACUGGUCACACUUCACUGGAGCACUCCAGCACAUUCAGCUGACACGUCCAGUGUCUCGUGAUGCUAUCCCUUUACCCAUGACAAAUGCACACAUGCAUCAAAACUAAAACAAAAAAUAAAAUAAGAAAAAAAAAACUCACUUCUCACACAGAAUACCUUCAUUCUGUGUGGAAACAUCACCAAAAUGGUGGAUAAAGUCUCCAUCCCUCGCCUACUUCCUAGCGUGUCCAUUAACACGUGUCAAGUCGUAGCUGAUGCCCUGCUCAAGAGCAGCAGCUUAGUGCUUUAUGAAGAAGCCCUUCCUCUACAAGUGACCCUGCUGCUCUGACUCCCAAAUGGCCGGCAUCAUGACCCCAGAGUCUUUAUACCUGUGUGCAGAGCAAUUGUGGUACCUGUGGGAAGUUAUUGUACAGUGCACUGUUUUUAUUAUUAUUAUUAUUGCUAUGAUUAUUAUUGCCACUGCUGUCUAUAGAUUUGUGUCCUUGAUGUGAAUGUCGGUCGUCUUUGAGAAGUGGAUGUAUUGUGAAAAGAAAAAAAAAGUUACUUGGUUUGUUUAUUCUGCACAGGAUUUGCCUAGGAUUUACUUUUGUAAGCGUAUUUGUUGGUAAAUGAAAGAAAAUUGUAAGAUGAAAGGUGUAACUGAUUUGCUUUGCAGGCUUGAUGUGCACUGAAACCAGAGUUAUGCUAUUAAAUCCGUCAUAUUGGCCUCCAAGAAGCAGAGCUUGGAUGACAAAGCAAAAAUGUUCAUGGGGGAGUUUUUUGUGGGAAGGGGAGCACUUGAUAGAUCAAUGUACAGAGCCAAUGAAGGAUGUGCAAAUACAUGUUCUUAGUAAGCCAAACAGAUGCUUGGUGAUGUGAUGACUUUACCAUAUUUUCUAGUCUUCCUCUUUUUUAAAAGCAGCCAUACUUUUGAUGUCAUAUGGUUCUGAUUCACAUCAAAAUUUGGCAAUACCUGAAGCAGUACUCUUCAUUCACCGUUAUGACUAUUUACCAGAAGGUGUUUGGAAGUUUCUGUCUGUGUUUGUCUGUGUGUGGCUCUGUAAUUUACAAAUGACUUGUUUUCCAGGAGUCAUAAGUUUGCAGUUAAAACAAGGUUUUAGGAAAAUACCUUUUCUUUUUUGUGGAGAGUUUGAUGUUACUGUUGUGGAAGCAUGACUAAUGUGCAUCUCUUCUAUCUUUCUCAUGUGAGUGGCAUUAGGGCUGUAUACAGAACAUCUUUGUCAUGUCACAUUUCCUACAGGUCCCCACGUUGUUUUUGUAAGCUCAGGGAGAUCAGCCACCAUCUUAUCCUUGGUGUUAUUUUCUCUUUUUUUUUUUUUUUCUUUUUGUAUUUAGACCACUUUUCUCAUUAAUUAUUCCAGAGAUUGUAAAUAAAAAAA